AACACACACACAGACACCAUACAUACACACACACACACACACACACACAAGGCCCUUCCUUGCCAGAGGAGGAGGAGAUGGAGGCGAGACGGGGAUUCGCAGUGCCUUAAACCUUAGGAGAGAAAGAAAGGGGAGUUGAAUCCGGAGAGAAGGUGGGAGCCGAAAAAAGGGGGGGAUCCCUGCGUGUUCGUGGAAGGAUCCCCAGCCGGAGCAAAGGAGGAGGAAGAGGCACCGGAGGAACGAAGAAGCAUCACGAAAGCAGGAACCUGAACCCACUUGGGAAAGGGAGAUCCCUUUCCACGCCACGAAGGCAACCCACCCACGCGAGAUGCGUUUCCCACGAGAGUCAGCAAUGCCUCUCUCAUUGUUGGUCAACUUGCUGCUGCUUCUCCCCAGCGUUGGGUCCUCCAAGAUUUGCUUCCCGGGAUGUCACUGCGAGGUGGAGAGCUUUGGUCUGUUCGACAGCUUCAGCCUGACCAAGGUGGACUGCAGUGGCCUUGGAGCGCAUAUUGUGCCUGUCCCCAUCCCACUGGAUACAACCUACUUGGAUCUAUCGUCGAACCAUCUUGAGUCUCUCAACGAGUCCAUGUUGACCGGACCUGGAUAUACCACCCUGGUUAGUCUGGAUUUGAGCUACAACACAAUCUCAAAGAUUGUUUCCACCACCUUCUCAAGACUCAGGUAUCUGGAAUCUUUGGACCUGAGUCAUAACUCUUUGGUUGCUCUGCCAGAAGAUUGCUUUUCCAGGUCACCCUUGGGAGAGAUUGACCUGAGCAACAACCUCAUCCUGGAAAUCUCAAUGGACGUAUUCACGUCAAAAGGCCAACGGAAACCGAUUAACGUUGACCUCUCCAACAACUUGAUAAGCCUGGUUUUGAGGCACCAAGACAAAGCCAUCCCCAACAUUCAGAGCUUAAACCUGUCUGGAAAUAGGUUGAGGAACAUCCCUGUUCUUCAAGGGAUUCCUCUCCGGUACUUAAGCCUUGAUGGAAACCCAAUCUCUGCCAUUGGGAAAGGGGCGUUCUCUGGAUUGAAGGAUUUAAUGCACUUGUCACUCAAUAGUAUUUAUGACCUUUCGGUAAUAUCACCGUAUGCCUUCAAAGAUCUCCCUGCUCUCCAAGUGUUGGAUUUAUCCAACAAUCCCAGUCUUCAUUCAUUAGAUGCCGAAGUCUUCUACAGCCUGGGUUCCUUGCAAGAACUCAACCUGUCGGGUACAGGGGUAGCCACGUCUUUGUCAAAAAGCAUGCUGAAGUACCUGCCUUCCAUCAAAAGCGUCACCUUGGGCAAGAACGUCAAGUGCCUAAAGACAAUCCGGGAAGGGCAAUACCACAGACAGGUUGGGCUGACCAGGAAGGAGAUCCUCAGCUGCCACGACAGCCAUGGGUCGUUGGCACCCUACGUUUUGUGACGUGGGCUGAACAGAAUGUACAGACUUCCAGACUUUCAAAACAAAACACCACACGUGCCUUGUGUAAAAUAUCUUAAUUUAUAUAUUUUGUAUAUUUCAAAAUUUGAUUACAAUGAUUAAUGGAGAGAG